AUGAUUCUGGAUGUCCAGCUGAACCAGAGCUGCUUGGUGCAGAAGAUCGGGGUUCAAGGAUUGAGGCAUGCCGCGGAGAAUUGUGAAAAGAACGAAAGCGAGCUGAUCCUGGAAUCCUUGCAAUCCUUCUCGAAACUCCUGAACAGUUUGCCAGGGUACAAAUUCCAUCCCUUUCAAGUUACCGCAGCCGUGAGGAUCAAGUUGCUUUUCAGUCAAGAGGAUCCACAUCUAAGGAGAUCCUCGAUCCAGUUAUUAGGAGAUCUGGCAACGUCCCUUGGUCAAGAGACCAAUUUGGAGGCAUUCAAGGAGCAGAUCCAAGGGAACCUUAUCACUUCACUCUUGCAUCUAUGCGAUCCAGACGUGUAUGUGGUCAAGGCCUGUAAAAGUACGAUCCAGAAGGUCGGCUCUUAUCUGGAUUGUCCGAAGGUAAACCGCAUGAUCCAGGAUUGUUUGGGCGACGACACCGACUCGAUGUUCACGGAUUUUAUUGGGGAGUUAAUUAAACGCAUGGGAUUAAUGGAAUCAAGGUUAUUUGGGGGUCAAAUCGAGGACCAAUUGGUUUAAAGGUGGUGUCUAAGGGCCAAUCCCGCCCUUGUCAUUGGUUUGUUCUACGCCGAACUACUACCCGAGAAUAAACCGAAAGUUUCACUGGAAACUGUCUGCGAUAAACUGAACAGACUGAUGCAAGACGAGUCAGAAGAAGUUAGG